CCCACCUCAAAUCGGUGGCACAGUCCGAUCGCAUAACCGUCCGUGGAUUAUCCCCGAAGAGUUUUUUGGCCCAAUCUCUCUCUCUCUUUCCCCGUUUCUCCCCUAGGCCCCUCGUUCUUGUGCCUUUGAUGGUCACCGAACAACGACCGUGGUGGUCUCUGAUAAUUUGACAGAAAAGUGGUGCAGGUGCUACGGAUUAUAGUUUUUAUUUUGGAGCUCUCUCGGAAUUUUUUUUACGGUGAAAUACAUCUCAAGAUAAAUUAACAACAUGCAGACCCUCGGGAUUGCCGCUAUUUUGGCGCUACUUUUCACCGCUCAUGUCCUCGGCCGGCCGCAGAAUGCGGACCGAACGUAUGACGAUUACCCCGGCGAUGAAUUGAAGGAGUACGAUGAUCCUGAAGAUCCCGAAGAGCAGGACACCGGAAGAGGGACAUCCUCACCGAUUCCAGUCAUUCAAUCGCAAGCCCUGAAUCUGAAAGCCCGGCCAGGAGACAAGGUCGAAUUUCCAUGUGUCAUCAGUAAUGGAGAAAACGACGUGAUACAAUGGACAAAGGGCUCUGAACCCCUGUUCUUCGGUGGAACAGUGACGACAGAUGAACCAGAAAGAAUCAAACUCACACGAUCCAACUCACUAGUCAUCGACCCUGUGACAGAAUUAGAUACAUCGAAUCAGUGGACGUGCAGCGUUCUUGUUGAACCUCCUGUGAUACUCAAACAUAGCCUGGUAGUGGAGCACGGGCCGACCGAUCUGACCAACCCCACCGCCCCACCCGAUCAACAGCCCCUGAAAGUGUGGCCAGGGAAGAAAAUCAUGGUCAAUGAGAGCAUGACUGUCAAGUUUGGCUGCGAGAGUCAAAGUAAAACAAAGCCCGAAAUCAAGUGGUCACUCAAGGGAAAGACAAUUGAUGAGGUUCAGGGCACACGGAGGGAGAACAAUUAUGUAUUCAUUGAGCAUGCAACGAGGCAUCACGCCGGAGUGUAUCAAUGUCUUGCGGAGGAUCGAUCGGCUAGUCCACAGCACGAGGCUAUUGAAGUCGUUGUGAAUUAUUCGCCAUUCAUCGAACUCGAGCACGACACCUUCCACACGGGUCUGGGCAUGAUGUCCGAAAUAAGUUGUGAAGUUGAUGCUCAUCCCCAUGGCCAUCUCAAGUGGUACAAGAACGGAAAUAUUGUUUCCAAGGUCGGAACAACCCACAAGCACGAAAAAACAUCCACUGGCAAGACCCUGCAUAAACUCAUCAUUGAACACACCCACAAGGAGGACCUUGGAACUUACACGUGUCGAGCUACCAACGAACUGGGUGACGCCUCCAAGGAAGUCAUCCUCACUGGUGCCCCAGCCAAGCCUAUAUUGAACCAUGGUGAAGAUCUUAACAACCAAAAGGCCCACAUGGUCAGGUGGCGCGUGCAAAGUUUCUCGCCAAUCACUGAGUACAAGCUCGAAUACCGAAUGAAGGGUGAGGACAAGUGGAUCGAGGUGAAACCUCAGGUGAAAGACGGACAGGAAAAUAAUUUCUUCGUUGAAAAUCAUUUCGAGAAUCUCCUGCCAGGUGUCUACCAAGUGAGACUCCUCGCCAGGAACGACUUUGGAUGGUCACCACAGUCAUCCAUUCAUGAAUUUAGGAAAGAAAUCGUUGCGGACGUACCACAGAAUGUGAAAGGAGCAGGAGGAGGUUCCUCGACGACACGACCGCUCGCGGCACUAACAGCUCUCCUCCUAGUCGUUUCAACUCGUGUCUUUACGUGUCUUUAAUUAACUCACCACUCCACACUACAUAGGUAAUUUGCUGCAGCCAAAGCGUACACCAGCAAACUUUCAUGGUGGGACUAAGAACGAGUGUUGCCUAGGGGAGUGCCUUUACCCACACGAUUAUUUGCGUACGAAGAAGAAAUAAGCCUUGAUACACCGUUGAAUUUCCUUUGCCUUCCAUCCACCAGUCUUCCGGAUAAUUCAGAGGUGUGCCUCCACUUCACGACAAUUUAAUUUAUCACAGCAUUCGCUGAUUCACUGAAUUAUGUCGUGGGAAAAUUUUCUGAUAUUGCGAAUGUACAUAAGAGUUUUCGAUCAACAUCGAAAGAUUUUAAAACAGAUUAUGAAGUUCGAGACCAAUUUUCAACUGUUCUGCAAUGAAAUUCUGCACUGGGAAGAAAAUUUAAUUAUUUCAAUCAAAUUUUACUGGCAGCAUUGAUUUUUUUCUCAGUGUAACGAUCUAAAAACUAUUUUUGCAAUUGAGAAUUUUAAUCUGUCGAUAAUGUGAUAGAUGAACCCAAGAAAUAGAGAACAUUCGAGGAAAUUUUUCGGUGCCUUCGAUACCGCAGAGGCCUAUUAUGAAAGUAAAAAUCCGUCUAUUCCCUCUCCUAGGUGUGCCAUUAUGUGCUAGAGAGUAUAAAGCAUUUUUUUAAUUUCACUCUAUAAAGUACGGAAAUAGUGUAAGGAGAUACAUAUACUUCAAGAAAAAGUUAUAUUUAUAUACCUGUAUAACAUAGUAUUCGUUGUACAUGAAUAAGUCAAGAGAUACACGAUCGUUAUUAUUAUAAUUUAUUUUUGUAUGCUUAAGUGGUGAAAACGAUACAAAACUGAUAAAUCUUGGGAGAGGAAUGAAGAGCUGAGGGAGAGCUAAUCAAAUCGGUCUUCAGAUGCUAAACAUCGUUUUGUGCCAUUCUUCACGUGCGGGUAUUUACGCAUAUUUACCGCUGGAUCCCGUCUGAGCGGCACAAAAUCUGUUUAAUGUUGACAAAAACCGAGAAAAUAAUGAUGAAGGUUUCUCAUAUUUUAAUGAGUUGAUGUUCAUGAGUAAUAAAUUAAUGUUUAAGAUUAAUUGGAAAGAGGGAGAGUGACGAGGAAACUAGGAUUCUGCUUAUUUUUAUUUUAGCUUUUGCACCUACCUAAGACGUGUCAAAAUGAAUGAAUUAUUGUGUGCUUUGUGUGUGUUGGGAGUGCUUGGGGAUGAGUGAGUGGGUAGAAUUUUCUCGGUUAAUUUUGCAAAUAUUAGAGAUUAAAGCGGCUCUAGAGCAUAGGUAGAAGCAGGAGAGUAGGUUCCUGUACAGGACGUUCAUUGCACAUCUUUCCUGCAGAUAAUUCAUCACUGAAUUUUAAUGAUCUUUGGGGAUGAGUUCUCUGCAGUGUCGAAGACCCAACGAUUGAAAUUCAUUGGUGAAACGAAUUAAAGAACGUGGGCACUAAAGCGCAAUUCGAAAAUUAACCAGGUGAGAUCCACAUUCUUCACUUUUCGUGAUUCAUAUUGUCCUGUCAAAAACAGUCACUGUGCCCAAGGGGAAUUCCACACAGAGUUUGAACCUAAAAUAAAAGAUGAGGAAAAAUUGAAAAAUAUCAAUGUUUAACAUAAUUUGUAUCACAAAACAGUUUGAGCUGAUUUGUAAUCGUUAAGGUACUUAUUUACGUGUAAAAUAAAUAUAUUCAGUAGAAAAGGAAGAAACACCAAUCGUUUCAUUGGGAAAACUGCUUUUGACAUUGUAAUUGUGUUCUGUCGCCUGAUCGUUGGAGUCGUUUGUGUACAACUGUCACCGGUGCCUCAUACGAUACGUAUAUUAUCUGUAAAAAGUGGAACACGUGAAUAUUCUUAUCAAUAAAAUCACAGAAGUGAGAGCAAAAUGAA